AUGACCGAGACAAUCGUCGGCAUCCAGACCUUUGUCGACCCUGCCAUCCCUGGGUUCUCGGCUAUCAUUAAGCAGCGGUACUCUGACUUCAUUGUGAAUGAAGUCGACCAGGAGAAUCAGACGGUGCGUUUGACAUCGUACGAUCUGCCAGUGCCUGAUCCCGAAGGAAUUCGAUUGCGCGAGGAACAACUGCAGGCAAAGGAGGAUGCAGAACAGGCCAACAGAGAGAUGGGUGAUGAAGCCAAACUCGCCGAGCUGGCGGCUGUCCUUGAUAACGACGAGGAGACGAUGACCCAGAUCAGGAAGAUGCUUGAUAGCUACGGCAACGAUGUCGAGUUUGUCAACCUGAAGCCCCAGGAUGACAAGGCUAAACGGACGAUGAUUCACAAGGUUAUCAAGGAGCGAUUCAGCGGAAGGAUGAUAUCCGAGACUGUUGAAGGAACCAUGCGCCUUCGCAUGCACAAGAAGAAGGAUGAUUUUGACAGAAGAGGAAAGGUCAAGUACGAUAUCUGGAAGGAUCUUGGAGGAGAGUUCUGCCGCUUUUGCUUGUUCAAGGAGAACCGUGAGACCAUGGAGGCAAUCAACCAUCUGACUACCACGCUUCGUGUACCUGGAAAGGUAUUCACAUUUGCAGGAACCAAGGACAGGAGAGGCAUUACUUCUCAGUGGGUGACGGCGCACAAGGUCAAGGCGGAGCGCUUGCUCGCCCUCAACAAGGGCCUGCGGAACAUGAACCUGGGCAACUUUAGCUACGUGCCAAAGUCGCUGAAGCUCGGCGAUCUCAAUGGAAACCGAUUCAUGAUCACUCUUCGCAACGUCCAGGUCGACUCGGAGGAUACACUGAACAAAUCGAUGACAUCGCUUCGGGACAAGGGCUUUAUCAACUACUUUGGCAUGCAGCGUUUUGGUACUGGAUCCGUCGGAACCCAUGAGGUCGGUGGAGCCAUCUUGAGAGGCGAAUGGGAGGCUGCUGUCGACUUGAUUAUGAAGCCUCGCUUGGGUGAAGGACCAGAUCUGGAGAAGGCUAGGAAGCACUGGGCAGAGCACAAGGAUGCUAAGGAAGCCAUCAAGUUGUUCCCCAGGCGAUGGGUCGCCGAGUACCAGAUUCUUUGGUCGUUCCAAAAGACCGGUCACCAGCGUCAACCGUUUGAGGCGUUGAACAACAUCCCCAGGAACCUGAGAUUGAUGUAUGUCCAUGCCUACCAGUCUUACAUCUGGAACCACAUGGUCACGGAGCGUAUCGCCCUCUACGGCGCUGACAAGCCAGUUGUUGGAGACUUGGUGGCGAUCGACAAGAAUGCAUUGGAGGCUGGGGAUGAAAACAUGGAUGACAACAGCAACGACAACAACAGGGGAGCAUCUUCCAAGGGCGAUUCACAUGUCCGCGCCAAGGUGUUGACUGAGGAGGAUGUGGACCAAUACACGAUCUACGAUGUGAUUCUGCCAUUGCCCGGCUUUGAUGUGAUCUACCCAACCCACGCUAUCGGAGCCAAGUACAAGGAAUUGAUGGCUAAGGACGGACUGGACCCUCACUCGAUGAAGCGCGGCAACAAGGAAUACUCGCUGUCGGGAUCGUACCGCAGCUUCCUGAGCAAGCCCGAGAAUGUCGAAUGGGAGAUUGUCCGCUAUGACCAGGCAGAUAUCCCCUUGACGCUUACAGAUCAGGAGAGGAUGGAAGGCAAGCCUCAGCCGCUGCUUGUUCCUGAUGGAAAGUACUUGGCUUUGAUUUUGAACCUGACGCUCAAGUCGAGCCAGUAUGCGACGAUGGCGAUCCGUGAGGUGUGCAAGCAGGAUACGUCAGCCGGGUUCCAGGCUACGCUCAACACUGUCGACAGCACUGCCAACAGCACUACAGCAUCUGCAGCAGUGACGCCAGCAGAGACUACUCCUGUUGUGACUCCAGCAGAGACCCCUGCUGAGACGCCGAGUGCGAUGAGUGCUGAUGGCAAGGGUGAGGAGACGACUGGCGCUAGCAAGCGAAGCAUUGAGGAGGUUGAGGGAGCAACACCAGGACCCGAGGCCAAGGCGUCGAAGGAUUGA